AUGUCUUUAAAGCUUAAUUCUGAUCAGCAAAUUCAAAUAAAGUGCUCCUAUAUUAUAGAAAAAUAUAAAAAAAAAUUAAAGAAAUUGAAAGAAUAUAAAAAUGAUUUGAAGGCCUCAUAUGAAAAAAAAAAUAGAGCAUAUUACAUUGAAAGAUAUUUGUUUAAUAAAGAAAAGGAACAGUUGUACAAUGAAAUUAAAAAGAAAAAAGAACUAGAAUUAGAGGAUUUGGAAAAAACAAAGGAGCUAUACAAUAGUUAUUUUACAGAUAUUUUUCUAUAUGAGCAAGAAUACUACCAAUGUAUUUAUAAGGUUUUCAAAAACUUGUUACUGAAAAAGGAUGAGAUCGAUAAAAAGGAAAGACAUUCAAUUAAAUUAAAUGAGUAUGCCUAUAUGAUGUUUUCAGAUAAAAAUGUUAAUACGCCAAAAAUAAAAAGCAAAAAAGAUGAAAUAUAUGAAAAAUUAAAUACCAUAAACCUUGAUAAUAGAAAAGAAAAUUAUUUGCCUAUAAAUAACUCAGGUAAUUUAAAUAUAGAAGAUGUUUGUCAAUGUAAAAUUCUUGAUAAAAGUGAUAAGACUAUAUAUAUUAAUAAUAGCACAAAUAGCAACCUACGCAAAAUAGAAAAAGAAAUAUUUACAAUGAAUGGUUUAAGUAUUCCUUAUAUAGAUAAUGAAGAUAAAUUAAAUGAAAAUUCUUUAUAUUUAAGCUCAAACAAUUCUCAAAUUAUAAAAUUAAAUGAGGCAUAUAUUGAUCUAAGUAUUAGUGAUAUUCACUUAAAUAAAAAUGAUGAAAAUUGUAAAGUAACAAAAAUUGAAAACGAUAUACAUAGUAAUAGACAUAACAAACCUGAAUCCGAAAAUAAAAAUUCCUUUUAUGAAAAAAUCCAAACUAAUAUUGGAGCACCUGAUGAAAAUAAAGAAAAAGACCUAUACCUCAUAAACGCAAAAAUCGAAGAACAAAAUAAAAAUUUAUGUUAUAAAAAAAAUGUAUUUAAUGAAAAUGAAUCUCCAAAGGAUAAACAAAUCAAAGACAUUAAUGACGAAGAAAUAUUAUAUGAAAAAAAAUUUUUAGAAGAUGGAGAUUCUUUAAGUCAUUACAUUUUAAGCAACUUUAAUGAAGAAGGUAAUUCACACAAUAAUGAAUACAAAGAUAAGAAAAACGAUAUAUUUGAUGUAAAUAAUUUAAAUUCGAAACCAGAUAAAGCUAUAGAGGAUAUCUAUAUUUGUGAAAAAGGUAAAAAAGGGAAUAAAGAAUUAGAUGAAGUAAUAGAAAACAAUAUAAAUUUUAAUAUAUCUAGCUAUUUUAGUGGAAGCUAUGAUGAAAUAAAUAAUAAUGAAACGGAGGGUAAAGAUCAUAUUUCGAAUAGUGAUAGUUUUUGUGAAGAUUUUAAAAAGUUCGAACAGGACAUUCUUGAAGAGCAUUAUAUAAAUGAAAAUGAAAAAAACGAAACGCCAAAAUACCUUGGAACUAUGGAAUUUAAUGAAAUAUGUGGGGAUGAAAGUAUCCAAGAAAAUAUAAAAAAUGGAGAAAAUAAUGAAAUGUCAAACGAAAAUCAAACGAAUUAUGAAAUCAAUAAAAUGGAAUAUUCCACAAAUAAAUUAACAUAUUUACAUGAUCAAAAAAUAUAUGAAUCGUCGAAUAAUGAUAAUAAUAAAAAUAUAAAAAAUGAUGAACAUGUUGAAGAAUAUGAAUAUAUGAAAAAGUUUAAUGAACAAAAUAGUAUGAAUGAUUAUAAGUCGCUUCAAAUGUCUAAUAAAUGUAAUAAUGAAUAUGUCAUACCAAUAGAGCGAAUGAAUACCUUUGAAAAUUAUGCUGAAGAAAUUAGUAUUUUAGAAAAUUAUGAAGACAAUAUAAAUAUUAUUAACAACCUUAAUAAUAUAAAUCCAAACAAAUUUAAAACUAAAGAUAAAAAAACAACAGAAUUAGAAAAUAUCGAAAACUUCAUAAAUUAUGUAAGCGAAAAUAUAAAAAAAAGAGGGAUAUUAGAUUAG